GUUGUGUUAUGUAAUGAGCCCAGUGAGAUGUUAGACUACAUCAGUGAGGACCAAUUAACCAGCGAUGUGGGGGGUAAACUCGAGUUUGACGCCAAUGAGUGGACUCAGCACAAAUCUGCUGUAGAGAAGUUUGCCUCUAACACGGAGAAGAUGGGGACAGCGGUACAGGUCUUGGUCAAGAAGUACGAGGAGAUCGAGAUUCCUAACGAUGUCCCGGGGAUGGAGAAACUGAUACAGGACCACAUCCAGGGACGUAAGGAAAUCCUCGACGACCUAGCCUCCACCGUCACCCACGGAGAAACGCUGCUCAGCUGUAUCAGGGGGGAUAACUCAGAAAUCCACUUCACUCAGGCUACACACGUUAGAAGUCUAGAGAAACUUCUGAUAAAACUUGAGGAGAUUAAGAAAGAGUUUGAAGGAUUCUGGGCUCGACACGAGAAGAGACUUAAACAGGCACUGCUUCUACGGCAGUUUGAGGAGGAAUUUAAAUUAUACCAGUAUAAUGUAGAACGUAAGCUGGAAUGGCUACAGACAAGAAUGUCCCAGUUAGGAGACUCACUGGACAAGGUGGAGGAACUCUUCCAGGAAUUCGAGGAGUUUGAGACUGAAGCUCAG